UGGACGAACUGGGUUUAAGAGGAGAGGGGAUGAGGUUUGAUGGGGUAGGGAAGGUGUUGGAGAGGUGAAGUUUGGGAUUUUGAGCCAGAGAGGGGAGUGAUGUUGAGAUUGGGGUGGGUUAGGAAGGGGUGAGAGGUUGUGGAGUUGGGGAGUUGGGGAUUUUUAAAGUUUUUGGAUGAUUUAUGUCUUGGAGGUCUUUUGUGUCAAAACUUAUGCAAAAUUUACUGAAUCUUAGUGAUCAGUUUAGUUUUGACAUUUAUUUUUAUAUAAAUUCCUGCACUUUAAUAUCUUCCUCAUCCACUUAGACCACUCAUCACAAUAAGAAUAUUCGGAAAGUACCUUUAUCAUAUUUUAUUCUGGCUUUCAAACCUCAACAAGCUUUCCUCAUCCCUAAGCUCAUCUCUACAGCUAUCUUCACCUGAAUCUCCUUGGACCUUUUCUGCACACUUCUUUGGUCGCCAAUCACUACAUAAAAAUCAGAAUUAUCAAUUCUUCUCACAGUGUGGAAAGAGUUUCAAAAUAAUACAAUUCAGUGCGCCAGAAUUUGUUCUGACAAGGAAGAAAUUUUAGAACACAGUGGCUUAGAGCAUUGACACAUUAUUGUAAAGACAGGUUAGGAUAGU